AGGCUCAGGUUUCAUCUACCAAUAUACUUCAGUAUUUGUUUUCGCACGUCGACUGAGACAAAAACUCGAUGAAGGGAUCGCGGAGUAGGCCGCACGCGCUGCGAAGCGGCAUUCCGAUCGCCUGGAUUUUUUUUGUCAGGUUGACCUUGCCCUGCAGCUCAUGUAAGGUCGUGGAGAGGGAGGCUGCGACCAAACAAUCUGAUGUAGACGUACAACUAACGAGAACCGCGGUCGUAGAUCAAGGACUACAACCACGUGCUGCCUCCAGCUCCGCACCAGAACAUCCAAGAACCGCUGCAGCAGGAGCUACCCUGACGUCGAAAAGCACCAGGAGGAGGAACGGGAACGCCAGCACGAGGAGGAGGAAAGCGAACUAUCAACAUUCAGCGGUGCUUGUGCUGAACUCGACGUUGAGCGUCAUAAAAGAGGACAACUUCGUGUGCGCCACUUUGGACUGGUGGCCUCCUUUUCAAGUGGAUUUUGGACGGAAGCCGUGGACAAAUGGCACCACGAUCCCGCACUUGGUUCCGACGAAAAUCACACCGUUUGUGAAAGGCCUCUCGACGAGGUCGCGCAGUCCUGACCCAAUGCACACGACCACAGUAUCCGAAGAGGAAGUUACAAGACCAAGAUCAGAGACAGGUAGAACAAGAGAGCUUGUAGUGGCGCCAUCGUCCGCUGGUUCUCCUGGUUUGCUGCACCCUUCUCGGGACUCUUUCGACACGACAUGCAGGCCUGAGGGCAAUCCCAACUUUUUAUCUAACUACGAAGGUCUUCGAAUACUAGGUGACAAGAAGGACGUGGUCGCACGCGCACAAAGAGAAACUGCAGCAGGAAGCGUGAUUCGUAUUGGUGGUUCUCCGGGCGACCGCGUGACUUACGAGGAGCCGCUGGAGACUUUUGAAGAGACAGAAGCGGUUUGGCGAGGCUACGCGGAGGCGCACAGCACGUUUCUUCCGAAGAGCGCUCUUGUGCAUCGGACGAAGCCUGAAGACUGCCACGACUUUCGUCCAGACCCAAGCACGCCGUCGAAAAUGAAGUUCUCGAGUGGCUGUCUCACGAUGGCGAAGUGGACGAGUCUGCUGGAAAUGUGCGAGGCCGCGAAUUGCCGUAUUUUGUUUUACGGCUCGGAGUCGAAUAGUUUAGAUCAUGAUCAUGAUCCAGCAGCAUGAUCUCGGGAGCAUCCACCUACACUGGAUUUUUUGCUAAGAGACUACGUUCAGAAACAAAUUCGGUUCUCCAUUGACGAGCAGUACGUAGUAGGUCAACGUCUAAUUCUUCCAGCUAAACGCGCUAUAUGGCGUCCAGCGAGUGGACGGGGCCAAUAACUCCUCGCUAGAGCGCUUGCCCUUUGCGGGACACUGGAACCCUAGGAACGCUUUCCACCUGAUGUAUCAUACGAUUCACGUUCUGAAGAAAGCUCAUUUGCUUAUAGGGUUUGAGCUUGGUAAUGAGCUAGGUCCAAUGGGCAUGGGGAAGAGCGGCAAGCCCAGUAUUUUUGUCGAGCACUACGCACAUUAUGGCAGGAGUUCCCGUGAAAAAUGCAUCUUCUCAAUCUAAUCCAAAAUAGAGUCAUCUGGAAGAUAUACGGGAGAUAAAAUUCGGCACCUGCGGCCCCCAGAUGAAGUUCAUCCUACUUGAUAUGUACUAUGGUCUUGUGGAUUUUUCCUACCUGGGAUGAAGGAAAUACAAGAACAUUUCCUAUAUUAUAUAAGUACGUUUCGCAUUUGUUUUUUCUAAGUUGAGGACUACCGCGUGUUGCGGCAGAUGAUCAAUUGGUUUGUCUGCCCGCCAGCGUGGCGCAUGUUUGGAGUUGCGAGUAAUUUCGAUGUGCCUUGGCUACGGUCACUGGAACAACUCCUCAAGGAUCCGCUCUUCGUGUUCACUCAUCAUAUGUACUCCCUGGGAUCGGCCAAUAGCAGUAGAAAUGAGCUGGUCGAGGGACGAGUACUAUUGAUGUUUUUAAGUACUGAAUUACAAGAAGUGCUAUUGAUGUAGCAUCUCUUCUAAUUAACUAUUCAUUAAUUUAUCUAUAAUAAACAUCUCGUAUCUCUGCUCAAACUCGGCCUUCUUUCCUCGAGUGUCCAGAGAGAUAUACGUUCUAUGAGCGAAGCACGCACGAACCACGCUCGACCAACCGUGGGUCACGCAUUUGUAAAUCAGGGACAUCGACGGACAACUACUUGAAUUUCAUCUACGAAAAAGGGUCUGCGUAUAAUGUUCUUGAUGUGUCUUGUUGGACCACAGGGCGACCGCUUUUCCUGGGGUUCUCCACGAAAAGCCGUCUGCGUAUGGUGUCGCGUCUUGUUGGAAUGCGCGACCCGUUUUCGUGGGGUUCUCCACGAAAAGCGGUCUGUGUAUGGUGUCGUGUCCUGUUGGAAAGGGCGACCGCUUUCCGUGGGGUUCUCCACGAAAAAGCAACCCCACGAAAAAGCGUAUAGUGUCGCGGUUUGUUGGAGUUGGGCAGGGCAAAGUAAUGCUAGCUGUGCGGGUACUUGAGCAUGAACUUGUUGUACUUGUAGGUCGUCCAUAUGAUCAAUUGAAGAUGAGUACUUGAGUUCUGGUGGUACUUGAACUUGUUAGAGAUUGCUGUUGGUACAAGAUCGAAACCCAAAUUAAUACAGAUACUAAACGCUACCUACCUGGAGAGCAGUGUGCGGCCAGUUGCGACUGCGACACGCGGAAUGCUGCAGACUUUCCCAGGAACGCAAGUAUGGAUGGGGGAAGCAGGGGGUGCAUAUGGUAGCGGCGCACCAGGCGUAACCAACGACUUCCUCAGUGGCUUCUGGUUCCUUGACCAGCUUGGUACUUACGACUCAUAAGUAGAUUCGGAAACAAAUUGUUCAUCGGUGCAUGGUGCGUAUGUUUUAGUAGAAAAAGUAGAAAACUCGUCCCCUAGGGAAGACGCUUCAUUCAGAAACUAAGCUACUUAAUAUCGGGCCCUUCUUCGAAAGUGAAGUCUGGCAUUAAAAGUCCCGUCGACGUAUCGGAAGACUGAUCUGGGCACCAUACCAUUACCAUCCACGUGUCUUGAUGAGAAAUAGCACGAAAUACAAAUAGAAAUACCGCAUUUCUUCAGCUACCUUUGCUGGAUAUGGACAAAAUACGCAUUAUUGUCGGCAGACUCUUGUUGGAGCCUUUUACGAGAUGGUGGACAAAGCCACACUAUUACCGAACCCAGACUGGUAUGUUGCCUCGCUCUUCAAUUUUUUGAUUCGAAAGCGUGCCCGCUUUGUCACCGUCGCGGUCGAUGAUGUUGAUGUGCGCAAUGGUCGUAAGAACGAGAAUGCUGGUCUGACGCAACAAGCGGCGCCGUCUGCAGGAGGAGUCCUUCGACGCGUUGCCGUGCACGAAAGUGAAAAGGACGGACACGGACUAGCCGGAGCCGGUGACGGAAGCAAACUGAGAAUUCACGCGACAGUUGAAAUGUUGACAGGACCACAGAUACAUGAUGUUGAUGAUCGUGAGACUUCUCAGCCUUCCCGCGAGAGUUCUAUAGAAGAGGAGGGAGAAAACCAACAGGAACAGUUGCUGACGUCAGUGACUUUGACGGUGAUGAACCUUUCGGAAACUGACGAUGCGGAUGUCACUAUCGGUAUUCCCGAAGUAGAUGAACUACGAGAAGAAACAAAUUUUUUUACAGCGCGGGAGUCGUGGAUAUUCGAGAGCGUUGCUGCGUCGCCGCAAGAAGAUCAAGCUGCGGCCAAAACGCUCUUGAAUGGGCGGCCGCUUUUGUGGAAGCCGACAUACGAAAGCGCUGCUGUUUGGAUAGACGAAUUCGUCGCGACGAAAGAGGUAGCGCCAGAUGACAAAGAACUGCGCAUGGAGAUACCGAAGCGCAGCUACGGCUUUGUGCGCUGGGUCGCGAAGAAACGGGGGACUGCCACUAAGAGGACACGACCUCCGCAGGUGCCGACUGCUUCGUUGCAUGAUGCUGAUUCGAUCUUUGCGUGAAGUAGCAUCAGCGGAAUACGUUUCUAUUUAUUUUCUGUUCGCCGAGGCCGAGCAUAAGCAGCAAAUUCAAAUUGACAUUAUGACGGACCACAAUAUAUCGAAAGAUAUUUAUGUUUUUCUUGAUUUUGAUGUGCAUGUGGGACUCGCGCCCCGUCUCACGGUACAUCAAAUACACACAAAAUCGAGGUGUGGGCAUUGCGUUGCACAGGAAGAAAACGUCGCGCCAACGACGGUGCACAGGGUAAUAUGCAAGUUUUUUACCACAAAGAACGACAUUUUCAAACAAGUAUUUUCGAAAGUACACAAUGAACAACGUAAGAUUAUAAUAUAAGAUUCAAUCAACAUCAAGAAAAAGACUGUGUGUUGUAACUAGUGUAAGUGUAGUAAAGGUAUGACGAAGAUGUUGAACUGAACGAGGAUAAUGGUUGGAAUCAUGGAAGGUCUCCGUAAAUAAUGUAACACAAGCGCCAUGAAGAUAGUAGGUCUUUAUGGUUAAUAGCUUCUACAGCCACUUUGUUCCAAAUUGAAAUCUACAGUUGGAUCAACUUCCAAUGCAUAUGCAUGUGAAUCAUGAUGCCCUUUCUUGGAUCUCAACAUUGAUAAAAAAUCAUUAUCGACUUUCCCUUUUCUUGUCUGGUGGCGAAGUACCAGUAUUGAAGAUUGUUUACCUCUACUAUGUGGUGGCUGGUGAGGCUGAGGACUUCAGCUUGUCUCUGAAAGAGGUGAUAGAAGUUCAUGCAUCCAUUCUAUUUUACGAGAGCAUUGCUUUCAAGAAAAAAGAUGCGGCGGGG